UCCUCCUCCCCCACUGCCCGCCCAACUAUGGCCUCCAUUUCCCUCAAAACCUUCGUUGGACUCCGUCAGUCCUCAUCGGACACUUACAAUUCCGGCCAUGUUUUCCCCGUCAAGCGUCUUCCUGCUCAACCCGCUUCCCGGGGUCUCCGCAUUGUUGCUGGUAAGUUCAGCCCCAAGGUCACUGGCCGGAAUCUUAGAGUCGCUGUCGUCGGAGGUGGUCCCGCCGGAGGGUCUGCUGCUGAGACACUGGCCAAGGGCGGCAUCGAGACGUUCUUGAUAGAGCGGAAGCUCGACAACUGCAAGCCUUGUGGCGGCGCCAUACCUCUGUGCAUGGUCGGAGAGUUCGAUCUUCCUUUGGACAUCAUCGACCGGCGUGUCACCAAGAUGAAGAUGAUCUCUCCCUCGAAUGUCGCCGUCGACAUCGGCCAAACGUUGAAGCCCCACGAGUACAUCGGAAUGGUUCGCCGCGAAGUGCUCGAUUCCUAUCUGCGGGAGCGCGCUUGCGCCUCCGGAGCCACCGUCAUCAACGGUCUCUUCCUUAAGAUGGACGCCCCCAAAGGCGCCACCGCCCCUUACGUCCUCCACUACACCGGCUACGACAGCAAGACCGGUGGAGUGGGCGAGCGGCGCACGUUGGAGGUGGACGCCGUCAUCGGCGCUGACGGUGCCAACUCGCGGGUGGCGAAGUUCAUCGGCGCCGGUGAUUACGACUACGCGAUUGCCUUUCAGGAGAGAAUUAAAAUCCCGGACGACAAAAUGGUGUACUACGAGAAUUUGGCUGAAAUGUACGUCGGUGACGACGUGUCGCCGGACUUUUACGGGUGGGUGUUCCCGAAAUGCGACCACGUAGCCGUAGGCACCGGCACGGUGACCCACAAAUCAGACAUUAAGAAGUUUCAGCUAGCUACUCGGCUAAGAGCCAAGGAGAAGAUACUGGGUGGAAAGAUCAUCCGUGUGGAGGCCCACCCUAUUCCUGAACACCCUCGCCCUCGCAGGUUAGCGGGGAGAGUUGCUCUGGUUGGAGAUGCAGCAGGGUAUGUCACCAAAUGCUCCGGUGAAGGUAUCUACUUUGCGGCAAAGAGUGGUAGAAUGUGUGCAGAGGCGAUAGUGGAGGGGUCAGAGAAUGGGAAGAGGAUGGUGGACGAGGGAGACCUAAGGAAGUAUUUGGAGAAGUGGGAUAAAACCUAUUGGCCAACUUACAAGGUGUUGGAUGUGCUGCAAAAGGUGUUCUAUCGAUCAAAUCCAGCCAGGGAGGCCUUUGUGGAGAUGUGCGCGGAUGAGUAUGUGCAGAAGAUGACCUUUGACAGCUAUUUGUAUAAGAAGGUGGUACCCGGGAACCCAUUGGAGGAUUUGAAGCUGGCUGUGAAUACUAUCGGGAGCUUGGUGAGGGCCAAUGCUCUUAGGAGGGAGAUGGAUAAGAUAAGCGUAUAAAAAGCAUUCACUGUUUGCAGAUGGAUAGCUUGAUUGUUUUUUUUUUUUUUUCUCACCUGUAAGUGAAGAAUCUGUUUAAGAUCGAGUAAUAUGCAGUGGGUAUCUUAUAUCUGUUGACUAGGAUUUCAGCAGUUA